AUGGAGCAACUGUGGGAUACGGAUGCCCACCUAAACCGACUUAAGGAGCAUUUUGAUAUCUGGAACCGCCUAAGCCGACUUAAGGGGGACCUGGAUGACCGCCUAAACCGACUUCAGGAUAAUCUGUGGCAUCUGGAUGCUCGCCUAAACCGACUUCAGGAGCAACUGUGGCAUCUGGAUGCCCGCCUAAAACGACUUAUGGAGCAACUGUGGGAUACGAAUGCCCACCUAAACAGAUUUAAGGAGCAACAGGGGGACCUGAAUGACCGCCUAAACCGACUUCAGGAUCAACUGUGGAAUCUGGAUGCUCGCCUGAACCGACCACAUGAACACCUGUGGGAUCUGGAUGCCCGCCUAAACCGACUUAAGGAGCAUCUUGAGAUCUGGAUGCCCGCCUAA